UUUGCCCCUUAAUUUUACAAAUAUUGAAAUAUAAAUACUUACAUUGCAUUGAAUAUUUUUGGUGACAAUAACAACAUGUCUACUACAAGUAUUAUGAGUGUUAAAGAAAUGAUAGAGAGGUCUUUUGGAAGUGAAGAAUCAAAUUGGGUGAACUUCAAACUUGUACAAACUACCUUGUUUUUAUUGGCAAGACAACUGCGAAUACUUGAACGCCAUGUUACAGUUGAAGUUCCAUCAGAAACACUAACAGUAAACUCUUCGAAAAUAACUGUAACUGAAGUUCAGCUUGGCGAUAAAAAUCAUAAAAAAAUUGAUAAAGUAGCAAAAGGAAGGAAAACUGGAUUCCCCGAUGGCAACGUUUCAUUAGGUGGGAAAAGUUUAACUCAUGCUAUGCAUGCUAAGGCUACAACAGAAGGAAAAGUCCAACAUAACAAAAAUACUAGAUCCAGAGACGAAACCACCGAAAAGUCUGAAGCUUCUCCUGAUAAUCUUGAUUCGAAUCAUAAAAUUAGAAUGAAAAUGGCCAACGAGAAUUCAUCCUUUAGAAAAUCCCUUUCUGAUACCAUGACAACCACUUCAGCGGAACAAAAAAUAACACAGUUAUUAAAACAUAAAGUUUCAUCUAGUUCUGAACUCACGUCAGAAGAAAGAAAGAAAUAUUAUAAUCUUCUAGAAAAGUUAGAAGAACAGAGAGAACUUGUUCUUCGUGUCAUUCACCAGAGGCACGAUUCUCAUGAAGAAAGAAUAGCGUCACCAACCCCGAUGGCUUCUGUGGAAAGAACCGAUUUAGAGUUUGAAAAACUACUUAUAGUUGAAAAUAGUUUACGAGAAGAUGAAACUGUCAGACACAAAGGAAGUCGUAAUCUAGCUGUUGUAUCACAACAAGAAUUCAAAGACUUACAAACGGCAGUUCAAGACCUUCAAAACAAAUUCCAAACAGAAUCUCCGGAUUUCCCGGAAAACAUAAAGCUUAUGAAAGAACUUCGCGAAGGUGGAGCUUCUUUAACGGAUGCCAUGACUGCCUUAAAAUUGUCCGCUCGACUUGAAGCGACUGAAAAGGCAAUAGAGAACAUUACGGAAAUGUUGACAGACCUCACCAGACUCCAUGAAUCAUCAUCCCUUAACACUAUACAUACAACUUCUUCUAAGCCGUAUUCAAGCAAAUCAUCGAGUCCAAGGAAGUAUGGUGGAAACUAUGCAAUGCCAGAUGAACACGAAACAAAGAAUGUUGUAACGCAUGACCAAUUACGCACUUGUAUAAACGAACUAAGUACAGAAAUAUACACUAGAGUCAAUAAUGAAAUUGAAGAAAUCGCUGAAAGCUCUCGUCAUGCAAAAGAAAUUUUGAGAAAACUGGAAAGAACAGUACAUGAAUCUCAAGGCGCCUACAAACGGGUUGAAGAAUUGGGAUCUGUAGUUGAAAAAUACAUCAAUCGAUUAAAUGCCAUAGACUUAGGAUUUGCAUCCCAGGUGUCAAUCUUUCGAGAACAAUUGACGCAAAUGCAAAUGGACCUGGAAGCCGGAUUGGAAGAAGUAUCUGAAGCUGUGGCAAAUAGAGGCGGUGGAGAGGCCGAACUUUCAGUGGAACUAAAUAAUUACAUAAGAAAUUUACAAGAUCAAAUAGAUAGAGGAAUUGUUGAACAAAAAGAAAUCUUUCUGGUUCAAGAUGAACUUUCACACAAUUUAGAAUAUAUACAUCAAGAAAUUGAAUUAUUACGUGAUACGAAAGCGGAUCGCGAUGAAGUAGAAGACGCUUUCCGUGAUAAAGCAGGCAUAGAACUUUUAAAUGGUCUGGUUACUCAAGAAGAAUUUGUCGCUAAUAUAAAGGAAUUUGAAAAAAACGCGGAUGUUAUUCGCAAAAGAAUACACGAUGAAGAAAUUGUAUGGCAAGAAGCUAUAGAAAACCUCGAAGAUAAACUAGACCAAAAAGUUGACAUUCAAGUUCUUGAAUUAUUACGCACUAGUAUAAAAAACAAUCUGCAAAAAUUAAAACACAAAAUCAGCUACAUAGCUGAAAUUGUUGGAGAGCCGAAAGCUGCAGCUUUGGCAAGAAAGCUUCAUCGAGAUGCGACAUGUUUAUCAUGUGCUGCUCCUGCAUAUAUGGACACGGAAGAAUGUAUUCUUCCAAUAUUGCCUGCAAUCAGACCACAGUCAAUAGGUGUUGAAAUUCCUCAAAAAGAAACGGCAAGUAUAGGCGAUCAAGUUACUCAACCGUCUAAAGUGUCUACUGGUUACGCAGAAAAUAAAACUAUGCCAAACCAGGACGGUGACCAUCAUGGAAUAUGCUGUCGGAAAUUCCAGAUGUCACAUCCAAAGGAAUUAAGGACAAAGGUAUGUACAAGAUAUUGCGGAGGAUCACAUACUAAAAUGAACAAUGUGGAUCUAAUGCAAGCUGCAAUCGUAGUCAAUUCUUUAAGACGAGAAACAAAACUUAUGACUGGCACCGAUGGCAAGGUGUAUAAAAUUGAUGAAAUCAUUGAAGAAAAACCUUGCAUUCCAUGUAAUGAAAAGCCACCGGAGAAAUUUUUAGCACCACAAGUAGAGGACUCGGGAGCUAUUGAUAUCUUCGAAGAUCUGUUGUAUAAUAGUGUUGCUCGCUCCAGUCUUCAGCCAAGCAGUGCCCGUGCGAGCUUUCUAGACAAUAAAGUCCAAAAAACUAGCAUCCAAGAAGCAGAUUUACAAUCGUGUGAAUGUUUCAGAGAGGAGUCAUGUACCAUUAACUCAUCCAUAAAGGGUGUGAAAAGCGAACAAUUUGCAGCUGAUCAAGUAACAGACACAUUGGCUCCGAAGGAUUCAAUAAGUAUAUGCGACGCCAAUCUCGUAGAAUCAUUUGUAUCUCACAAAGAUUCGCUAAUUGUAUGUGGUAAGGGUUCGCAGUACGACAAACCUAAAAAGAACUCUAACAUUGCAAUGGUAUCAUCCAUUUUAAAAGAAUACAUUAAUCAAUAUAUCAAGGAGAACGAUGAUACGAACAUAAUUGAAGCUGAGGGUGAAGAAGAAAACAUUCUAACUGCGAAAACAAAUAUAUCAAAGACGCUUACAAUCCAAGACGACAAACAUCCUGAUUCAGUUGCAAGUGCAAGUUAUGACAUAACACAACUAUAUGAAGGAGGUUCACAAAAUUCUUUUUCAAAUGCUAAAUUCGGGUCGGAAUGAUUUAUUUUCUCUGAUGACUAAGUAUUAUUUAUUUAAAUUUUAUUUAUUAUGUAAAGUUCUUUGUUUCCGAAAACCAGUUUAUGACUACUUCGUGUUUUAUUUGAUAUAAAUUUUCUUUACAAUGGAAAUUUCUUUACAAUGGUUGAGAUUAAUAGCUAUUCUCGCUGAAAGUUUGUUGGUGUUUUUGUACAACAUCGUGGUUUUUAAGCUUCAUAUUUAUUGAUGUAACCUUCCGAUAA